AUGGAGAAACAUUCCCUUAUAUGCCUUUUCUUUGUAUUUUCAUUCACUUUACAAUGUUCAUAUAAAACUAUUGCAACAAGAAAUACAACAGGUGGUGAUCAAGGGUUAGAGAGCUGGGGCUAUGUUGAAGUUCGAAAGAAGGUCCAUUUAUUUUGGUGGCAUUAUAAGAGUCCUUUUAGAGUUGAAAAAUCAUCCGCACCAUGGCCAACAAUUUUAUGGCUUCAAGGAGGCCCUGGUGGUUCAGGAGUUGUACUUGGAAAUUUCUUAGGAAUGGGACCACUAGAUGGACAAUUAAAGGCUCGUAAAUAUUCAUGGGUUCGAAAAGCAGAUCUCUUAUUUGUGGAUAGUCCAGCCGGAACAGGCUUCAGUUAUGUCGAGGAUGACACCUUAUUGGCUACAAGUGAUGAAGGAGCAGCAACUGAGUUACUUGUCUUGUUGAAGAAUCUCUUCAACAGAUUUAAAUUCCUCCAAAGAAGUCCUCUUUAUAUAUUCGGAGAGUCAUAUGGAGGAAAAAUUGCAGUUGUUCUUGGAUUAGCAGUUGUUAAAGCUAUCCAUGAGAAUGAAUUAACGCUUAAACUCGGCGGAGUAGUUUUAGGAGAUAGCUGGAUUUCUCCUGAAGAUUUUGUGUUUACAUGGGGACCUCUUCUAAAAGACAUGUCUCGUAUCGAUGACAAGGGUUUAAGCACAUCAAACCAUUUGGCGCAAGAAGUAAAGCGUCACCUUGAGAACCAUAAAUAUAAAAAAGCAACUUCAACAAUGUUUAAUCUACAACAAAUAAUUCGUGAGCACAGUAAUUAUGUGGAUUUCUAUGACUUAUUGGUGGAUCGUGGCACUAAGAGGAUCAAUGUUGAUAUGCCUAGCUUAAUGAAGGACUUCAUUAGAAAGAAACUAGAAAUUAUUCCUGAAAAUAUAAUUUGGGUAAAUGAACCCAAAAAAGUUCGUAAUGCUUUUAUGAAGGAGUACAUGAAACCUAGAAUUGAUGAGGUUGACCAGUUGUUGGCCAAAGGUGUGAGUGUCACCAUAUACAAUGGACAACUUGAUCUCAUAUGCUCAACGAAAGGAGCAGAAGCAUGGGUCAAAAAACUUAGGUGGAACGGCUUGGAAUAUUAUUUAAGCAUGGAUCGUGAUCCGUUAUAUUGUGGAAAUGACAAGACAAUAACCAAAGGGUUUCGAAGAAAAUAUGGCAACUUUACUUUCUAUUGGAUUCUCAUGUCAGGUCACAAUAUUGCACGGUACCAACCACGUUUUGCUUUGCAGGUGGUGGCGGAAAUUACUAGAUCCCCCAGUGUUUUCUAG